AUGCGUUUGCUAGUCGAAUCCGGCCGUGUGAUGAACUUGCCAUUUUCGGAAAAUAAGAAUUACGAUGAGGCUAGAUAUAACUUGGCCACGCAUGUGAUGUCCAAUGGUGUUGAACUUAUUAUUGCCAGCGAUAAACUAAAACUCAACGAUAAGUUAUUGGGUAUUACUUCUACUCACAUUAAAAAUAUAGACCAAUAUGCGGACCCUGAUAUCCAGAAGCCUGUGACCUUGGCACCAAGCACUUUAAAAAACCAUAUGGUCUUGGCGGUGCCAAGCCCAAAAAUCAAGGAUAAUUACGCCAUUCCAAGCAAUGACAAUCAAUUCAUAACGAAAACCUGUCUUACAACCUAUACAUAUCGCACCACAUUCGUCGAAAAUGGCACAAUUACCGUCACCAGUAAGGAAAAGGUCAUAUCAAAUCGACAUACAGAAGACCGAAAUUAUUUCCGAGGUAGCACCGAAUUACCACUAGGUGUAACACUUUCCAGUACACCUGAAAUGAUUGAGGGUAUUUUUCCAACUACCUAUUAUUAUUAUAAUACACUGAGUGACGAAUUGAUGACAAGUUCUCAAUACACUGUUAAAAACACUGUCACUGGUCCAGAGGAUUAUAUAUCUUUCUUGCAACCCUCCGAGGCAGCUACACCGACAUUGAAGACAAAUACAUACUACAGUCGGCUGACCUUGAGAAGAACACAAGAAAUGGAUAUUUCAGCACAUGCUAUAACCGAGAAAAUUCUAACCCAAAUUAUUGUCACGGAGUCCAUACCAUCCGGAGGUGGCAACAGUUUCAAUGCUAAUGUUCCAAAGGCAACAAGGACUGCAAUCCCUGAACAGAAUGUUCACAUAUUCACCACAAAAACAUUUUUUACGACAGUUACAUUGCCAAUGACCUCAGAGCCGCUAACAAAACAUAAGCAUUCUUAUGAGACGUCGGAACAAGACUCUGGAAAUUACAAGACACAAGUCAUUGAAAAUGUUGUAACCAACAUUGUGCCAAGUUCGCUGUUGAAGCCCGAGCUUAUAUCAUUAUUUCGCACUGAGCUGAUGCAAAAGAAAGGCAAGAUAUUGAUCACGCUGGCCACUUUAGUGGGUGGUGAAACUUUGCAAGUAACUGCUAUAAAUAUGCUUUCGGAAAAUGAAUCCCAAACAACUGCUAGUCAGUUAUUAGCCGAGACUAAUAGUGACUCCAUGCUGAUGGCGGAUAUUAGGCCAAGCUCUGUUACAAAGCAAACCAUUGCAAUAGAAGAAUCAAAAACGGGCACAAGUGAAGACCUCAAUACAGCUGAAUCGGAAAAUAAAAAUGAAUUAGUAAAACCCGCAGAGGCAGAAUUAUCCCCCGUUAAUCAACUAAUUGGCUCAAUUAGUUUAGAGCGUUUGCGACCUGUAUUCAACGUUAUGGCUGAUCUGCUUCACAAACAAAUUAGAUAUAGUAAGCGUCAGUCAUCGGCGACCUCAGAAAUAAUUCAAGCUUCUUUUACUCGGCUGCCAACUAUUCAGAAUAUACACAAUAUGUUGCAUACAAAUAAUCAGUCUACAACAAUUUACAAUGUAUCCACCGCAAAUCCAAUUUACAUACCCCUUAUUGCUGCCGAUAGUCAUAAGCGACUUACGAAUAAUAAUCAUAUAAAGCAGUCUACCGAUAAGGAAACUUUGCACUCCGCAUUGCGUCACGAAACAAGAAUAGGCGGUCUAGCGCCGCAUAGUUUGCAUAUUGGUCCACCUGAACUUAUCUACCCAAACAUGUUGGAAGAUAAGGAUUCUCUCAUCCAUUCGGUCGGAAACCCCAGCCGGAGCCAUAGCUAUAGCAAUGAACAUGGCUAUGAUCGUGACCAGUUGUCUGUAGUAACAAGCUAUCAUCCUGCUGCACUCAUCAAUAAUGGGAUUGCCAUUCGUCCUGGCGAGAUUAUAAGCGCAAAUGCAGAUGUAGUCAUUGGUCGACCUAAUGGUAUAGAUGCGCAGCAUGCUCGACCUAUACUGAAUAUAAUUAACACCAGUAUUAAGCCAAACUUACACAAUUAUAACUUCAGUGCUCAACCACUGCAGAAGACUUGGCUAUCAUCUAAUAUACCGCUUUCACUCACUCCACCGCGGCUCAUACCAGUUUCGGCAGGACCUUUGCUUGAUCGGCCACCAUUUAAGCAUUUUCAUUCUCAUUUUCAAACCCAACAUCAUGCCAAUCUCAAUUCCCUCACUCCGAGCGCCAAAAAAGUGACAAUCGAUGACUUUAAUAUUGUUCUUCGGCCGCCAUUACUACCAGAAGCUAGUUUCUCCCUAAAUUAUGCCUUACAUCCUGCGAAUACGAUUGUGCAUCAGCCUCUGAUUACAUUACCAACGGUAAAAAAUAAAGCUGUACUCAAGGACCCGAUCCGUGGCUCACAGCAGAUAUUAAAUUUAAAUUCCGAAUUAAGUGACAACGAGAUUCUUGAAAUUAAGCAGAUUCCGCCAAUAUUUAGUAUUAAAGUGCCUCCAAUGACAAUGUACGAUUAUCUGAAAGCCAAUGAUAUUCAAAACAGUGUAGUUACACCCACACAGAGUGCAUACAGUCAGCUGCAGAUGCAUUUACAGUUUCCCGAUUCGUCAACAUACUCUACACACCAUCAUAUAAAUCUUAAGACAAAUGUUUUGAACCACAACGUUAACAUGAAUGUCCCACCAUUAACCUUCAAAAGAGAAAACGACAAUGAUAACGAUAGGCAAAAUGGUAGUGACAAUGAUAGUGGUACGGAUAUUGAUGUCUACCCACUACUGGCUGCAGCAAUACGCGGCCACAUGUCACCAGCUCCUAUGCCUCUUAUUAAAAUACCACAUGAUAAGACACAUGUGGAUGUUCGUUUGAAUCCGCACAAUAGCCAAAUAGCUGUUGUACAGCACUCAGCACCACUUGGAAAUAUGAAUUCAUUAGCUCACCAGUUUUCUGUCAAUACGCAAAUUAAAGCGCAUCUCAAGCCACUGACCCAAAGUCCAGCAAAUGAUGUACGCCAUAAUAAAGUAAAUUGGUUUAAGCCCGAUCUGGUGACAGCGAAAACAAAAGAUGUAAAAGGCCCAGAUGCUGCUACACUCAAUAGUUUUGAUGAUGAUCAAAAUGCAGAUUAUACAAACAUUCUAUCUAAAGUUGCGAUUAAUAGUAGCAAUAGUAGCAGAUCCUUGGAAAUGAAACGCGAACAACCGGGAUCCAUUAUUAACUUGGGAACUAUAAUAGAAAAUACCACCCAUUUAACAUCUAGCAAGUCUAGCUUACGGCCAUCUUUAGGGCAAUCGAUAGACAAAAACAAUGACCACAUGUUUGUCAAGCAAAUACGUGAACCCUUGAGGAAGACAAUAAAGAAAUCAUAUUCUUUAAAGAGCAAUAACCAGAAGAGCAUAUUUCCCAAUAUUGGAGAACGAUUUAAUCUCGAAGAAGAACAAAUGGGAAUUCCUACAAGACCUCAAUCUAUAUAUCAAGAAUCAACACAAAAAUUUGCCAAUUUUUUAUUGCCACCACCUAUCCCAGUAAGCUCCCAUGUCACAGUUUACAGUGAAAUAAUACCAACAAAUUUAAUUGGUUUAAUGCCACCACCGGCUCCAGUCACGUUAAUGUUAUCGACGUCGAAAGCGGAAAGUUUGAGCCAUAAUUCUCAUUUCAAUCCCAGACCCAAUCCGGCCACUGUUAGCCUGCAAGUGCGUUUACCAACAGCCGAAGAUGGGGAGCGAUAUGGACAGCCACAUUCCGUAAGCUUCAAUCAUAGAGUGAACAGUAUGAAGACUAACCAAGCAUUGCAGUCCUCAAUUAUUAAAGAAACCACAAUAGCUCUCACGAUAAGCUCUUCUCAAAUAGAUGGGACGACCAAGAACACAUACGACACGAUAAAUAAGAUAGCAACUAAGCCAUAUAUUUUAAUCACAAAUUCUAUCUGGAUUGGAAGUACGAUUACUACAAUUGACUCAAACAUCUAUCCUCCUCCAUCUAUGUCCUUAAGCGAAAGUCAUUCACUUGAAUCUUCUGAAAUAAUAACUGAGCAAAAAAUUAAAUGGUUAAAAGAUAAUCCCAGUUGGACUACAAUAACCCAAACAGACGGUCAUUAUAAAUCGACUCCAGAUAUUAUAUUGGUGACCACUAAAGUUCAGACAUUACCUUCACACCUUUAUGGUGGGCAGGCGAUCCCUACAACUCAGUCAAAAAAUAUCGCAUCAAUAAGCAAUCCUCUGAAACUCAAAUCAACUAUUUAUACAACGCUUAAUUCGAAUUCAGUGCAGUUCGUGUCGAAUUCAACGAGUCCAUUAAAUUCUGCGAUUAAUGGUAGCAUAUAUAUGUCAGGCUCUAAAAACCAUCUUCCACUAUCCCAAGCAUCAUUCCUUCAUCAAUUAUCAACAACGACAGCUUCAACUUUAGUUACAAGUGCUAGCAAUGGUGCCGUUGGCAUUGCUAGCGCAUCAAAUGACAGAAACUAUUCUAGCAUUGUAGUGCAAACCACACAUGUCUACAGUCAGAGUCUGGGACAGAGGACGGAGGAAAAUCAUAAGGAGUCUAAUUUUUAUCAGCCUGAAUUACCUUUCGAUUAUGAGACGAAUAUACCGUUUGAAUUGCCUACAAGGGACGAGGAGUUAAUACCGCCCAUUGACUUAAAAAGCGUACUACUAGGAGGUAUUAUUUUUUCUACGCCCUCAAACUUCGAUGGUGAGUCCAAACCGUCUGAAAAUGUGCAGGUAAAAUCAAUGCCAAAGUAUACAAAUGAUUGCCUACCAGCCUGCAAGUCUCACAAAAAUGAGGUAUGCACAGUUAUUGAUGGUCAAAUCAGUCGCUGUGAAUGCCGAUUGGGCUUUGCGCGCAUGUUUCCCGACCGUCCUUGCAAGCCUACGUUUACCUACGAACUGCAAAUGGCUGUUAUCAGAGUUGGAAACUUUUUACUCAAAUUUAAAAAAGAGUUCACGAUUAAAACAUCGAGUCAAUAUCGUCAGCUUACAUCUAUUAUUCUGGACGCCACAGAUCGUAUGGUUAUGCAGUCUGAUUUUCGGGAUGUCUAUUAUGGAGUUCAACUGAAAAGCGUAGAAGCAGGCCGAGCUGGUCAAAUAUUAGGCAGCGUAUUGUUGCAGUUAUUUGAGAACAGUGACGAGAAACGUUUGGAGACUGUUUUAAGAAAGCUGCUACGACAGAGUAACUACAGUAUUGGCGGCACCGAGCUUUAUACAUCUGGGGACCUUGUCAAUAAUUUUGUAAUAAAAGAUUUCGAUGAAUGUAACAAUGGAAUAUUCAACGACUGUGCCUCCAGUGCACAAUGCUUUAAUUUAGUGGGCAGCUACACUUGCAUUUGUCCAGAUGGAUAUGCUGACAUAUCGGAAAACCCAAUCUACCCCGGUCGUCAAUGUGCCAGCCAUAUAAUUGGUUGCGAUAAGUGUAACUAUCAUGGGCACUGUGUAUCUUCCAGAGAUACUUCAACUAAAGGUCGAACUGUAAAUGAACGUAAGAAUCCUCACGAAAUAUCUGUCUGUGAAUGCUUCGCUUGGUAUGCGGGAGUGACGUGCCAAUUAAAUUUGAAGAUUCUAUUGAUAUGCCUGAUUUUGAUUGGAACCGUAUUCAUAUUCCUGAUAGUUAGCAUGAUGCUCAUCAACAUGAGGCGAAAGAACGCACAUUUCGGACUUACGCCCAACCCCGUUUUUAUAUCAACAUGCAGCAAUAACUACCAGAAACCCGGUAUGAUGUCAAAAAUCAGUAACAAAUCGCGUAUCUCCUCCGCCUUUGUACAUGGUUGUACUAUUCAAAAGCAAGCAAAGCAUGACAUCCUAGACGAUUCACAAAGCGAAUCAUCUUGUCAGAAUUCGGAAACAUAUAUAUUCAAGGAACCAUUCGGCAAUACAACGGAAAAGUCAGAUAAGCACAAGGAAAAAAAUAAACAAAAUGAACUCGAGCAAGAAGUUAGCAAGACAAGCCUAGAACAAUCCCAAUCAAAGUUACCAUCUCAAUUACGGUUACAAUUAAAACCGGAGCCUAUGACCCAGACAACUCAUCAAACAGACCGCUCAUUAACGGUAAUGAUUCCAAGAGCGAAAUAUUAUCAUCCGCCAGUCUUACCGCAUCACCAUCAAUUAACAGCAGAAAAAAUUGAAAAGCCUCAGACGACGAUAAGAACAAAUUCCGAUCAACCAAAUAUUAAUGACAAUAAUGUUACAACAAUGGGAGCUUUAGUUUCAGCCGGCUUUGAAGUCUCUACCAUGGUAAACGACCAUGUAAGAAAUGAGUCCACUGCAUCUACAGCUCUCAAGUUAAUCCCAGUUGCAUAUGAAUCAGAAUCAACAAAGAACCAGUGCAUGCCUCGAGAAAACAUUGGCGAUAUUUUACAUUCAAGCAAAGACAUUCAGAGGAUGAGCUCCUGGAUAAGUAAUAUUCGUGCCAAUGCCGUUUCGGCUGAUGCCCGCUCCUUCGAUGAGACUACAGUCCAAGCAGUAACUAAGUCAAUGCAGUUAUGUUUUGAUAUGCAAGCGCAGAGCAACACAAAUGAGGAAGCUAACACAAUGACGGAACGUGAUUUGGGUUCAACAUUUUUGCUGCCGCACACCCAUCUAUAUAAAACAGAUAAAUUUGAGAGUGAUCAAUCUGGCUUCGAGUCCAUUUAACUAUUCUACAUAUGAAACGUUUACUGAAUAUGCAGAAAAUUUAAUUUCCUGAUGCGAAAAUAAUACCUAAAUGACACUUAUUGUGUAAAAGAGGAUAGAUAAUAAUAUAUCGACCUUUGUAUAGGGAAAUUUGCAUUAGAUUAAACUUUAAUUGCAAUUUUCUCGAUAUCGCUUUUAUUUUAAUUAUGACAGUGUUGAAUAAAACCAUUGUUAUACGAAUUUCAAUAUCAGUAUAUCAAAUAUACCGGGGAAGCUAAACUAUAUUUCAGCGUCAAAUAAAGUUCA